AUGUCAAAUAAAAAAAGCUUUAUUAACAAUGACAAAUUUCGGGUUGUUGGUACUUCAAACCAAGUGGAUGGAUCAUCGCAUAACUCGCAGGAUUUUUUAAAUAGUGCCAUCGAGGAAUUAUGUAGCGUGUAUAAUAAAGAAAUUAUGAAAGGAAACAAUAAUGACUCAAUUAUUUACUCAAUAGAACAGCAUUUUACAAAUAAGCAGCAAAACCCAGAAGAA